GCAGAAAGGGGCUCAGGGGCCCUGGUGCGUCAUGUGGGUCACAGGGCUCCGUGUGGUUCGGGGAGCAGGCAGUCACAAGGGACUCACUGGUGCCUGCCUUGAGGCCUGGGGCUGCGGCCGCCUCUGUGCAGACGUCUCCCCAGCACCCGGCUCUGCGGGGCAGGGCAGCGGCCACAGGGAGACCGGGCGAGGACGGCAGCCUUUGCAGUCCACGCAGCGUCUCUGCGGAGGGGCGAGAGCUGCUCCCUCCCCUCCCAGGAGGCAGGUGGGGGCUCUGGGCCUUUCCCACCCUCCUCCGGUCACGUCACGGGACAAAGGGCUGGCGGGCUUGUGACUGAAACUGGCCAGACAGCGCUGCGGCGGUUUUUAUUCAGAAGGGAAGUUUAGGCUCUUGGGCAGAGCUGAGAUGGGAACAGGAAACCCACAGGGCCCCUUUAUUCGGCAAAAAGGUCAGUCAGCACCUCGGGGUCCCUGCAUGUGUGAGCGAGGUGGGGAAUGCACUUUUCGGGGCUCCUCCUCUACAGGAAACCCAGAGGGGACUGAAGCGGUGCAGGCGGGCACUCGCUGCUCCCAUGGGCGCCUCCUCCACGCCUGCCCUUCCCUAGGCUCUGCCCGGACAGCUCCCGCCCCCCGCAGGCCCACCUGUCCCCCAGUGCUGCCUCACCUGGCAGGCCGGAGCCUCUCUCCCCCCAGACACCCCCCCAAGCUCUCCCCCGACGCGGAUUCUCGGAUUCCGAGGCACGGCCUCUCGCACGGGUGGUUUCUCUUUCUCUUUCUAUUUCUCUUUGAGCUGGUAGGCGCAGCAAUGGCACCAAGCUCCUCUGCUGGAGGUCGUCCCACUGGCCGGGUUCCUGGACUGCUGGCCUGAGCUGAGGCACAUGGCGCCUCCUCCCUUGAGACCAGCCCCCAAAGCCGACCUCUUGAGGCUGGUGCUGUAUCUCAUCUUCCUGGGAGCCCCCUGCUGCGCCCCAGCUCUGCCCUCCUGCAAAGAGGAUGAGUACCCAGUGGGCACCGAGUGCUGCCCCAAGUGCAGCCCGGGUUACCGCGUGAAGCAGGCUUGCGGGGAGCUGACGGGCACAGUGUGUGAGCCCUGCCCUCCAGGGACCUACAUCACCCACCUCAAUGGCCUGAACAAGUGUCUGAAGUGCCGAAUGUGUGACCCAGCUAUGGGCCUGCUCGCCACCCGGAACUGCUCCAGGACAGAGAACACCCUGUGCAGCUGCGGCCCAGGCCACGUCUGCGUCCUCCAGGAUGGGGACCACUGUGCUGCGUGCCAGGCCUACGCCACCUCCAGCCCGGGCCAGAAGGUGCAGGAGGGAGGCACCGAGGGUCAGGACACCCUGUGUCAGAACUGCCCCCCAGGGACCUUCUCUCCCAUUGGGACCCUGGAGGGAUGUCAGCACCGGACCAAGUGCAGCAGCUGGCUGGAGACCGAGGCGGGACCUGGGACCAGCAGCUUCCCCGGGGCGUGGCCUCCCGUCGUCAUUGUCAUCGGCAUCGUCGUCAUUGUCCUCAUACCGGGCCUAAUCAUAUGGAGGAAAAGAAGAAGGAAGCGAAGGGGCGACUUCCAGCUGAAUGCCUCCCUCCAGGAGGCAGGUGAGGAACAGUCAGUCACCGAGGCCCUGCAGGCUCCUCCGCAUGUCACCACAGUGGCCGAGGAGGAGACAACACCCACAUCCACAGGGGAGAGCCCAAACCACUGACUGAAAGACUGCGCACCCGACACCAGAGACCUGGAGCGGCAGCUGCCGAGAGGCUGUGUCCGGCGGGACCGCAGGCGCCGGAGGAGCUCGGGGCUCAGGUGGGCCCCUGCUGGGGUGGGGCUGGGGGUGCCACAUGCCCUCCCCAUGGCCCAGUGAGCGCCUGGACCCUCCGUUCUGCUGCCGCCUGAGCUCCCCGGAGCCCUGACAAGCAGCCCCGGCUCUCAGCCCACACGCGCAGCCCAGAGGGCCCUCCGGACCCCAGCUGUCCGCCGGUGUGAAUCCUCAGCAGGACAGGCCCGGGCACGGCCUCACAACCAAGGCUGGACUGGUUGGCCACGUGCGUGACAUUAAAUAGAUGUCACGGUUGAAGCGAUUUUCUAAGCUUGAGCUCAGCUCCUAUUUGCGGUGAAACUGCGUUUGGGGAGGUCCUGCGGGUGUGGGACGAUGGAAUAGCUUGUUUCUCCUCAAACUUUCACCUGCCGGUAUUUCUUGCUGAACGAGGAGUUCCCGGACGGCUGCUGGGCAUGCAGCCACCCUGCCCUCCCCCGCCACGCUUGGGCGUUCCCUCCACCCUCGCUCCACCCAGAGAGGAGCCCCACCCGCCCCUUCGCACCCAACAGCCCAGCGCUCCGCGGGCCCUCCUGACCUCUGUGGCUCCGUCCGUGGCUACUGCCGUGGACCUUUAUGCUCAAGUGGUCUCAGAUUUGCCCCAAAAAACCCGGAUCUACAUCUGACCUACACUUCCCGACUGUGUCCACUGAGAUAUCCCCGAAUCAGCGACACCCGCUGUGCCCAGCCGACCCCCCGCCACCUUCACCGGCCACCCGACAGGCCCAGGCCCCGCUGGUAGGGGUGUGCCCAGGCCUCUGAGCCACAGAUUCGUUUUGUGCCUGGGACGAGACCCGUUUCCCCACGACUGGAGGCAGAAGCUGGGAGGGGAACGACCCGACCGCCACGGCGGGAGGAUGGAGGGGCCCAGGGUGUGCCUCCCCUGCAGGGAGAAGGCCGAAGUGCUGGGGCAGGACCCAAAGGCCUCCGCCUGUUUCCACACAAACAGUGAAGAAGGAAGUAACUAGAAAUAGAACCGUAGUAGUUAUCAGUGAGUCACAGGUGAUCUUAGGGAUUCACAGGUGGUCUUAAUUCUUUUUUUUUCCAGUUGCUAAGUUCCUUAAGCCUCUUUUAAUGUAAAAGAUAUAUAGAUAUAUCUAUAUAAUUGCAUAUCUAUGUAUAAUUGCCUAUAUACAUAUAUUCUGGGGAACACAAGCGGAUCACGCAGGGUUGUUGCGUGGGUACACACAUGGCAAUGUGGUUUGCUGCCUUCACCUCCCCCGGUC